AUGGAUGCUCCGGAGUUGGUGCCGCGAUGUGACCAAUGCAUCAAAUUAUCCUUUAUUUGUCGUCAGGGAUAUGGUGCCACCGGCGCCGGACUCAAAGCCUGUGCCCAGUGCUCAAGGCUGAAGCUUAAGUGUUCCCGCUCCAAGAUUGAGACCGCCCCGGUGCUGAAGGUCAUCCUCGCCCCCCACACACUUGAUCCUCCCAGGGAGUCAGUUGUCCCCUCCCUCCAGCAUUCAAUGGAGGUGGAUUCUGAGGGAGAUGCCAUGGUCAAUGACUUGAGGGCAAUGACGUUGGUGAUGAAUGACAACGCUGCACCGCUUUCAAAGCGGCUGAGCCUCCAGCACGCCGCCGAUGGUGCCCGGGCUGAACUUGUCAAACUGCAAGCUCAGCAGACCGCCACUGCCGACCUAUUGAAUGCAUUGAAUGACCGGCUCGCCGCUCAAGAUGCCAACAUCCGUGCACUGCAAGAUGUACGCGCCAACAUGAAUGCAUUGAACGACUGGCUCGCCGCUCAAGAUGCCAACAUCUGUGCACUGCAAGAUGUACGCACCAACAUGGAGGCAGUUCAAAAUCAAAUGAAGGUCAUGCAACAGGAGUUGGUGACCCGCGAUGAGACAGUCCAGCAGGCUCAGGCGCAAUUGGCCUGGCAAGAACAAGCCACCGCCGUCCUUCAGGACGCCUACAACGCUCUUCGCCAUUGUGUACUCGGUCAAAACCAGUCACUAUCUCCCCCCUUUCCCGGCCCAAUCUAUCAUGCCAACCCACAGUACAGUGGCAAUCAUAGUAUGAUGCCGGUCAGCAUGGGCCAAAUGCAAGCGAUGGAGGGCUUAUACUUCAACUUGCCUGCAGGUGCUUCCGCCAUGGGAGGCCCAUCAGUAGGCAAUGUCGCCGGUGGUUCUGGCUGGAAUGGAGCUGGCGGUCUCUCUGCCAGUCGAUCUCACAAUCAGAUCACUGGCAGUUCUCAUGCAGGUGCACAUGCCUUUGGCGAGUUGGCAUUGGGCAGGGGCCCCCAGAACUAG